UCCUUCACAUGCACUGUGAAAGCAAACUCUGCUCAGAGCAGGAGAGACAAGGCAGUGUUUAAUGUCAGGUAGCUGUCACUAGUCUAGAAAUCCAGAAAUCCUGUGUUUGGCUUAUUCAGAUUUCUAAGGAAAGCAGCCACUGCCAGUUUUGCUGCUGCUGCCGAAAUGGGGGAGUACGGGGUCACUCCGGGCCAGCGCGUGGCCAUCGUCUGGGACAAAUCCUCGCCCGUGGAAGCCCUGAAGGAUUUGGUGGAUAAAAUUCAGGCACUGGUGGGAGCUGACAGUCGUGUCUCUGUGGAAAACGUUAACCAGCUGUCUCAGUCGGCUCACAGGGAGUCCAGCUUUGAUGUAAUCCUCUCUGGCGUGGUCCCAGGCAGUGCAGCGCAGCACAGCGUGGAGCUGCUGGCAGAAGUGGCUCGGAUACUUAAGCCUGGGGGCCGUGUCCUCCUGAAAGAACCAGUGGUUACGGAGUCAGGAAACAAUGGCAAAAUCAAGACAGCAGCCAAGCUCCUCACAGCUCUGACUCUCUCUGGCUUGGUGGAAGUGAAGGAGCUGCAGAAGGAAGCGCUGACCCCAGAGGAGGCCCAGUCGGUCCAAGAGCAUCUGGGUUACCAGGGCAAUGACCUUCUCAUUAUUCAGAUAGAAGGCAGGAAGCCCAAUUUCGAAGUGGGAUCCUCAAGUCAGCUCAAACUUUCCUUUGCCAAGAACUCUGGUCCUUCAGGAAAACCCUCUGUGGACCCAGCCGCUGCCAAGCUGUGGACACUCUCUGCCAAUGAUAUGAAUGAUGAAGAGAUGGAUCUUUUGGACUCUGAUGAGCUCUUGGAUUCAGAGGAUUUGAAAAAGCCAGACCCAUCGUCCCUCAGAGCUCCAUCCUGCAAAGAAAUGGGCAAAAAGAAAGCCUGCAAGAACUGCACGUGCGGCUUGGCUGAAGAACUGGAACAGGAGAAGAAGAGCUCACAGCCCAAAUCUGCCUGUGGAAACUGCUACCUGGGGGAUGCAUUCCGCUGUGCCAGCUGCCCUUACCUGGGGAUGCCUGCCUUCAAGCCUGGGGAGAAGAUUGUCCUGAAAGAGAACCAGCUGCAUGAUGCCUAACAAAGACAUCUCUGAAUGUCCUGCAAAGGACUCUGCUGUUUUUCCAUCACUCUGAGGUUCUUCCUGCAGUCCUCAUCCUCUCAAACUCAUGCUCUCCGGCCAAUACUCCGUGUGGGGAGGGGCACUGCGUGCACUGACACUGCUGUGAGCUCAUCACUCGUAAUCAGCCUUGGGCUACCUGACAAGUCACGUCCCAGACUUCAUGUUACUCCUUGUUUUAGCUGCUGUGAUCCUGGAUCCUUGACGCUGGAUCACAGCGUGUCCCGCCAGCAGAGGGAAGCACAGUCAAGUGUCAGGUUGUCCUUGUGUGCCUGUGGCAGGACCCGGAUUUCCCAAUGCACGUGUUGUACAGCUCUGAUUUGCCCUGAUUCUCCCCGGUGAUGCAGCAGCUCUGGCUCAGCUCCCCGGGGUUUCACUGGGCUCGUGCUCUCUUUGAAAUUUGAACCUGCAGCCCCUUACCUUGGGAAAGUGGCUUGGCAGCUCCAGUUACAAAUCAGGAGCAGUGAGUAUACUUAGCAGUAUGUGCUCUUAGAAGUGUGUGUGAUCUUCUUGGUAAAGUCUGGCAGGCAUGAUGAUUUUCCAAGUGUUUUGGGAGUCCCUGCCCCCACCUGUUUACAGCAAAAUGACAAAGAUUCAGUCCCACCUAGAAAACUCCUGCUCUACAGGAUCUAUCUUGACCUCUCACAGCUUUCAGUCCAAUGCAAACUGAUAACACAAGGUCAAUCUGAGACUGUCACCUCUCUUGGUGGUUACCAAGUGAGUUACCUGCAGUGUCCAAUACAUAAGAACAUAGCAAUAACUUAAUUUCUAGAUGAUCUGUGGUCGCCAUCUGCUCCCUCUCCAUGAGAUACUAUUUAUUUGCGUAAGACCUGCGAGUGAAGCGUCCCACAGGUGUGGGAUGAGGGAGCUGUUGACGUUUUGUGCGGGGCUUGCUUCUCACCCAGGGUGGGAGUGGAGGAAAACCCACAUCCAGUGUCGCAGUGAGGAUUGCUUUGUUUGGAGCUCUUGCUCUUCAGGAUGUGAGUGCUUGCUGUGUUCUACCUGAGUUACUCACUAAACUCACGGAGGGGGCUGGGAUGAAAGGCUGUUCUGUUCUUGAAAUAAAAGUGACCAAUAGUAAAGCCUUUGUUUUAAGGCUGGGA